AUGCUUUAUAUAACAUUUUGUGUUGCCAUCUUUCUGAAGAAAAUUGAAGAGACAAAUAGCCUUAUCUACAACAAAAUUGCAGUUAUUAGAGAAGAGCGACGCUUCGGGAGCGGAGAAUUCCUCUUUUGCAGCUCUUUGGAAGUGGACGCUUUCCUCGUGAGCUCUUCAAGGCAAGAAUCGUUCUAUACUUCUGGGUUUACGUUCCAGUUUGAGUCCCUGAGUUUAACCGAAACAGAAAGCAGUAGUAAGGAACAAGCCAAAAAACAAAGCAUCAUGGAUGUACAACCCAGCACAAUAACAGGCGAAAAUAUUCCAAACCAGCAGCUGUUCGCUGCCAUGGCUGACACUUUUCUGGAACACAUGUGUCGCCUGGACAUCGAUUCAGAGCCCCCUAAUGCCCGAAACACUAGUAUCAUCUGUACUAUUGGCCCAGCCUCCCGAGAAGUGGGGAGAUUGAAAGAGAUGAUUAAAGCUGGAAUGAACAUGGCUCGUUUAAACUUCUCCCAUGGAUCGCAUGAGUACCAUGCAGAAACUAUCAAAAAUGUGCGAACAGCUACAGAAAGCUUUGCUUCUGACCCCACCUUUUACCGGCCUGUGGCUAUAGCUUUGGACACCAAAGGACCAGAGAUCCGUACUGGGCUCAUCAAGGGUAGUGGUACUGCUGAAGUGGAGCUGAAGAAGGGUAACCCUCUGAAGAUCACCUUGGAUGAUAACUACAUGGACAAAUGUGAUGAGAAUGUUCUGUGGGUAGACUACAAAAACAUUUGCAGAGUGGUGGACGUAGGUGGCAAAAUCUAUGUGGAUGAUGGGCUCAUUUCUCUCCUUGUGAAGGAGAAAGGUGAGGGUUAUCUUUUGACUGAGGUAGAGAAUGGUGGAAGUCUGGGCAGCAAGAAGGGUGUGAACCUUCCUGGAGCAGCUGUAGACUUGCCUGCUGUAUCUGAGAAGGAUAUCCAAGAUCUCAAGUUUGGAUUAGAACAAGACGUGGAUAUGGUGUUUGCAUCUUUCAUCCGAAAGGCAGAUGAUGUUCAUGCAGUCAGAAAGAUCCUGGGAGAGAAAGGAAAACACAUCAAGAUCAUAAGCAAGAUUGAGAACCACAAAGGGGUCCGAAGAUUUGAUGAGAUCCUGGAAGCUAGUGAUGGCAUCAUGGUUGCUCGAGGGGACCUGGGUAUCGAGAUCCCUGCAGAAAAAGUCUUCCUUGCUCAGAAGAUGAUGAUUAGGAGAUGUAAUCGAGUUGGGAAACCUGUUAUUUGUGCCACUCAGAUGUUAGAGAGCAUGAUUAAGAAGCCACGUCCCACUCGGGCUGAAGGCAGUGAUGUAGCCAAUGCUGUCCUGGAUGGAGCUGAUUGUAUCAUGCUGUCUGGAGAGACUGCCAAAGGAGACUAUCCAGUAGAAGCUGUGCAGAUGCAGCACUUGAUUGCCCGAGAGGCAGAGGCUGCCAUCUAUCACACGCAGUUGUUUGAGGAGCUUCGACGCCUGACUCCCAUGACCAAGGAUCCCACUGAAUCUGCUGCUGCGGGUGCCGUAGAGGCUUCCUUCAAGUGUUGCAGUGGGGCCAUUAUCGUCCUCACCAAGUCUGGAAGGUCUGCCCAUCUGGUAGCCAGGUACCGUCCUCGGGCCAUUAUCAUUGCUGUUACCCGUAGCCCUGUGGCUGCUCGCCAGGCUCAUCUGUUCCGAGGCGUGUUUCCUGUGCUAUGCAAGGAUCCAGUUAAUGACUCAUGGGCUGAAGAUGUGGACCUUAGGGUUAACUUUGGCAUGAAUGUUGGCAAAGCUCACGGCAUUUUAAAGAAAGGUGAUGUGGUCAUCGUGCUUAAUGGUUGGCGUCCAGGUCCAGGCUUCACCAACACCAUGCACGUACUGCCAGUGCCAUAAGGGGCAUUUGAAGACUUUGGAACUCCAGCACCCUACUUUCCCACCCCUGCCUGCAUCAUCCAUUAGAUCUGCAGCUGGUUAUGGUGUUGUCCAUUCCUAGCUAUUAGUGGCUUUAGGUGGCUAAACACCAAAAAAAAGAAAAAAAAAAGAGAAAAAAGAAAAAAAGAAAAAAAAAGUUUAAAAGUUUCUUCUUAUAGAAACUAUAUUAGAACUACCUUCCAUCCUUCCCACCUAGAAAUCUUGGUAUCAGUUAGCACAUCCCUUUGGUGGGUAAGGUAGAGCAACUGUGGCUUAGCUUGGGGUACCUACAGGUCAUUUCUGACAUGGGGGGAUUAAAGUAACAUGUCAGUAUUGUGUUUUAAGUUGGUCAAGACAUGCUUCAUGCACACAAAGUAGGCAGCAACCAUAGUUCCCUGUCGAGCACAAGUCCUCAAUGUGUACUGGCCUUCUACAUCUUCCUGGCCAGAGGAACCACCCUCCCUUUGACCACCCACCUCUUAUGUAAACGAAAGUGUCUUGGUCUUACAUACUUAUGUUUUAAAAAAAAGCUGAAUUCAGCUACUAAAAACUCAACACGUUUUGGUGAAUGUGAUAUUUAGCACUGGUGUCCUCUUAAGGCACUUCUAUCUUGGUGGGUGGAAGAAACUUCUAGACAUAAGCCACUCUUCUCCCCACCCUCCACCCCCAAGUCAGAGUGAGAGGGAUGACCCUAAAACCAAAAGAGAAUUCCAUCUUGAGAAGAGUCCCCAUGGUUCUAGUGAUACACUCCUUGCCACUACCCAGUCCUCAGCCCUCUCACAUUGUGAGUCUUGUGUUCCUCCAAUAUUUCUCUUCUGUUGCCAGUCUGAAAGAAAACCUACACUCCUAUUGUGCUGUAUUUGGCUGUAGAGUACAUCAUUUGUCAAUAAACACAAGCUGAAACAUU